GCACGGAAGCAGUUCACUCGUUUCACGGGUAUCUUCUUGAAGGUGCCACCCGAGAAUGUAUUUGUCAGGAUUCAGAUGCCCUCGGAGGUCACGAUCCACAUCCGCAAGGCCGAGCUCAACGAGCAGGCCAUGCAGGGCCUGCACCUGCCCCUGGCCGUACGGGGUGGUCUCGUAGAGGAUCUGCACCUGACCGUGAAGGCCAGUUUGAAAGGAGCUGCAGAGGUGAACGUCCGAGUGGAGAACGCCUUAUUGCUUUUGGCGCCAGGCGACGGUCUUGCAGAGGCGGGCGGCUUCAAGCCUGCUGGCAGCUACUGGAAUGCGGAAACCGUCCGGGAGGCGAAGUCCAACUUGGUGGAGCUCAUGUGCAAGCACGUGACCCCUGAGAAGGAGAAGAAGGAGCCGUCAGACAAAGACAAGGUCCUCGCCGGCCCCGACCUCAAGAGCGCCGCGAGCAGCAGGGGCGUCCGCGGGUGGAAGGCGGCCACGAGCAAGUUCGCAAACUACAGGAAGAGGAUGGUCAAGACCAUACUCGACAGCAUCUUUAAGAAUCUCACCGUGAACAUCAAGAACGUUAGGGUGCAGCUGGACGACAGCGAGGGCUCCCUGGGGCUCCAGGACGUCACCAUCGGCGCCAAGGUGGCCAGCAUCCGGCUCGAGCGGCGGCUGGGCACCGGCAGCAUCCACCGGCUCGGCGUCUUCGUCCAGACGCACGGGAGAGAGAGAGCAUCGCGGGAGCUGGGGCAGCACCACGGAGGCGGCAGGAGGAGAGCCAGCCAAAACUCCGUGAUGAGCGAGAUAGAGACUGCCGCCGAAGCCGUGCUGAAGCGCCUGAGACUCAGAAAGAGAACAUUAACGAGAGGCUUGUCAUCAUUAUGGCAGGAGGAACCUUCUAAGUACGCCGAGAAGAAGCUGCACCACCUGCUGCGCGACCACCCCAGGGAUGCAGUGGCGGGGCCGUGGGGUCUGAAAACCAGAGGCUCCAGGAGGAGGCGCUGCAGGCCAAGCACAGGGAGGGGCGCCAGGCGGACGCCGACAAGCAGAAACACGCGUGGCUCACGUGGUUCCCAGAGAGGCACCUCGUGUUCUCGGUGCUGA